AUGUACUCGAGCCAGCCUCCCUUGUAUCCCUACUCCACGACUCCCACAAACGCAGGUCCUGGAUACGAUUCACCUCCGGAACCGCGACGCGCCGACGACGAGAAAGACAAACCUCGGCAGUCUCUCCCUUCCAUCCGCGAGGCCUUGGGCAAUGAUAAACCCCUGCCAUACCCUGGGCCUCCAACAUUAGCCCCUCAAUAA